AUGAAUUCUAACAAAACAGAAUCUUCUAGCUCAAGACAAGAAUUGGACAGCAAUUAUGAAAUCAUUAAUCAUUUCCAAGGUAAUUAUGAAAUCAUUAAUCAUUUCCAAGGCAAUUAUGAAGAUCCUAAUAAUAGUAGUACUGAAUACUUGCCAAUUAAUAAUUUGUCAGACUUAUCAAGCUACGACUCAUACUCGACACAUUCAUCAACACCAACAGAUUCUAGUGAAUUGUUAUCAUCAUCGUUUAUAGGUCAUGACGAAGGAAAAACUUGGAUAGAUCAACAAGUAUAUGGAAAUCGUGAACAGAUCUCUCUUUCAUCAUUUCAUGUUGCAUAUCUCGGUGAGAGUGUAAAUAAACAUUGUAAAGACAAUAUUUUCUCAAAAUUAUCAGCAAGUCUUGGCAAAUAUUUUUCGCAUAAUGAAGAAGAGGUGGAAGACGAAGAAUCCGAUGUCAAGGAAAAACGUCAUAUCCUAUAUCCACAAGGAAAUGAUUAUCACAUCGACACUAAAGUCUCACUAUGCGUACUUGACCUUACCAACAAACCUUUAUCAGAUGCCAAAGAUAAUUUACUCAAAAAUUAUUUAAAGGUCAAAUCUGGCGAUGGCAAUGACCGGAAACGAAAGAUGAAAUCUACUACUACUUGUAAGAGAAUUAAUCGUCGUUGGAUUGAUCUAUGUGUAAUCUUUUUACCAUCAAAGUUUUCAAAAAUACCUUCUGUACAUAUUCCAAUUAUGCUGGAGCUACACAAAUACGUGACUUUAUUUCCCGUUAUCUGUUCAGUCGAUCCAGAAACUGGUCUAGAGUGUGUAGUGGAAGGAGAUCGUAAAAAACUAUUGAAAUAUUUUCUAUAUAAAAAAAUCGGACUCUUUAUAUGGAACGAUGAUAUUGUGAAUGAUAAAGGUUUAGCCAGUGACGUUUCUACAACACAAGUAAUGCUUGACAAAGAGUUCUCAAAAUUGGACGAUGAAUGUGUUUAUUAUGAUAUGCAAAUCCUAAGAUCUCAGGCAAUCAAAUUAAAACAAAAGUACCAAUCAAAAAAUGACUCGGCGGAUCGUGAGGGUUUCCUUAAAACAAAAGAAAAGUUUAUUAUUAAAGCAACUGUAGUUAUGUUUAUAGCUUAUUUUACACUUUUUAUUUUGACAAGUCUUUCUCAGUUGAACUUUGAAUCGGACAACAAUAAUAUUGAGAACAAUGAUACUUCUGUUGAUAAAUUAUAUGAUUUGGUUUUUGGUAAACAAUAUUUUGGUUAUAAUCAUAAUAAUAAUCAUGUUUCUUAUAGAGGAUCUUCAGAAUAUGUUGAAGUUUGGCAGAUGUCAAAUAAUAGAUUUUUAUUUGAUAUUAUAAAUGCAAAUUACGCUAAUUACGAAGGAUUUGAGGUUAUUUUGCAUUAUGGUAAUGAGACAUCGAUCAAGAAAAAUGUCGAUAUGAUUGAUGAGAAUCAAUAUUACUUUGAUCUUGAUUAUAAGGAAAUUGUUGGAAUUAAUGAAGAUUUAUUGAUUGAAAUCAUUGAUAGAAAUGGUACCAUCAUGAAGGCAUUCAGUUAUUUUCCAAUAAAUGUAGCUCAUGAAGAAGAGAAAGAAGUGUUCAUAACCAAUGAUAAUUAUGAAGAUUAUGGCGAAUUUUUGAAAAAUGAAUAUUUUGGAUUUAUUGACAAAGAUGGCAGUGACAGUCUUGCUAUUGAUACAAUUUAUAAACGAAUGAAUCAGGUCAUGAAUCGAGCAGUUGAGGAAUAUCAUGUAGUGGCGAAACAUGUUAAAGAAAUUGUUAACAAGAUUGCUGAGGUAUCUCAAGAAACUUUUAAUUAUGUUUUUGAAGCAAUUUCUCACUGGUUACCAAUCAUUUAUGAAAAUGUUAAAAGUUUUGUGGAGGUGGAGGAGAAAAUAGAUGACGAUGAAGCAAUCAUUUAUGAAAAUGUUGAAAGUUUUAUGGAGGAGAAAAUAGAUGAUGAUGAAGAUGAAGUAUGGGCGAUUUAUUGUGAAGGGUGA